GGCAGGGCAGCCCCGACCCGGGGGCGGGCGGUGCGGGGCGUCCUGCCCGCAGCGGGGUGUGCGCCUCUCCCUCGGGAGCUGGGAUGGAAGCCGAGUCCUUCGUCGGAAACAUCCUAUGAAGUCCUAGACCAGGCACUAAUGGAAGGCAUUUUGCAAACCUCCAUUCAGGUGUACCAGGAAAGUGGGCAAUGGAUGUCACAGUUACCAGAGAAGCUCUGGGAUAUUCCUCUCUAUAACUUAGCUCUUCCAGGGAGUCAUGACACUAUGACCUACUGCUUGGACAGAAGUUCUGGUGUCAGUAGCAAUGAAUCCAAGGUGGUGAAGUUCUUAAGCAAAUGUAUGCCCUGUAUUGUGCACCCCAUUAUUAUGAAGUGGUCUACAACACAGGUACUGACUGUGACAGAGCAACUUGAGGCUGGAGUUAGGUAUCUGGAUUUCAGGGUUGCCCACAAGGCUAACGAUCGAUCUAUGAACUUGUACUUUGUGCAUAUGGUUUACACAACAGUUACUGUACAGGAUAUUCUGUGGGAAGUGUUAAGGUGGUUGGAAACUCAUCCUCAGGAAGUUGUUAUCUUAGCCUGCAGGAAUUUUGAUGGAUUAACCAAGAAACUUCAUCGUCAUCUUAUUGCCCGUAUAAAAGAGAUUUUCCGGCGUAAACUGUGUCCCAGAAACGUGGUGCCGACGCUGAGGACUCUGUGGCAGCACGGCCAUCAGGUGAUUGUUUCCUACGAGGAGGACCUGGAAGUGGAGAAGCACCGUGAGCUGUGGCCUGCCAUCCCGUACUGGUGGGGAAACAAAACCACCACUCGUGCUCUUAUCCAGUAUUUAGAGCGAAGGAAGAGGAUGGGCCGUCCAGAAAAAUUCUUCGUAGCGGGGAUUAACCUUACUGAAAAUUUAAGGUAUAUUCUUGUACACCCAUUUGGAUCAUUGAAGAAAAUGACACUCCAGAGUCUUCCAUGCUUGAAAAUCUGGAUAAAGCAGCAGUAUCCAGGACCAAAAAAAGAAUGUAUUAACAUCAUUGCUGGAGACUUUAUAGGAAACAAUGAUUUUGUGAAAGAUGUAAUAGAACUUAACACAAAAAUUAAUCCUCCAUUACACUGUCAUAGUAAAGGGGCUGGAGCAAACGGCAUUUCAUUGUCAGCUUCUUAAUCUGUGAAAAGCUGGAAAGGCUUUGUCUGCAUUUAAUGUGUCCUGGUUUAAACAUCCUGGAUCCCAUGAAGGUCCAGUUAAUUUAAACAUGGGUUCUUUUACAGACUCAGUAAGAAAAGUGCUCUCAACACCAUCAGGGUUUCAAGGCCUUUUCACAAAAAGAGCAGGCAGACCUUGCUGAAGUCUCUAGAGAAUUAUGGUAUAGACAUAAUUUACUUGGAGGUGCUUAGAUUCUGUAGCAGUUGGCAAUAUUGAAAAUUCCAACAACUUAAUCUUAUUUUGCAUAUGAGAAAGGAGAAAUAUGUCUGUAGCUGCAAUAGUAAUGUUGUGGUAAGCUUUUUAUCUUGUAACUGUAAAGAUACUCUGCACUUCUUGCAACUCCAAUUCUCAGUCUUUUAUAUCACCCUGAACUUGGUUUGUCUUGUUUUCAUAGUUGGUGUUAAAUAUACAAAGGGAACAAUUUAAAGUAUUUUUUGUGUGUCAAAGCUACUGUACUGACAAUCCUAUCUGACAUGAUUUUUAUAUAUACACCAAUGCAUCAUUAACACUGGAGCUCUAGAAGUGGCUGUGCAGUUGUUGUGUGCUGAUGAUCAGUUACGAACCCCUUUACCAAAAGGGUAGCCACAAAAUUCUUUACGAUUUGAAAGAGGUGUGUGUUAUUUGAACACUUUAACACUCAUGGCACUUGUGCAGUGAUAAAGAUACAAAAAGUAGGCCCCUCAACAGUUUUGUCUGUGAGAAUAUGUUUCAUUAGGUUUUGCCUUACGUUGAAAAUAAACAAAUAUAAAACGAAGUCCUUCUCUAAACUUGGACUGCUUUAGAAAUACAGAUUCUUGGUUUCGAUCAUGCUUGUUAGGGGUUUCACACCUAGUCUUUUAUUUAACUAUUUUAGUACCUCUGUAAUUAUUUUUCCUCUCAGUAAGCAGUUUGUGCUUAUGUAAAAACUCAGGACUUUAUGCUGUUUGCUGUUGCAUAUUAAUCCUGUAUUUCUAAUUUUAAAAAUAUGAACUGUGCAAUAACAGAUGAUUAUGAAGGUAAGAGAAAUGACAAGCAUUGGGACUAAAAAAAAAAACUGGCAUUGUAUGAAGUUCACUAUGCAGCUUCAGCAAUAUACCUCAAUUUUUAGAUGCACUUUAUAUGCAAAAGCUGAGUGUUCAAAUGUCUGGCAAGGUGUUAAUGCUUGCAGUAGGUGUCUGCAGAAGUUUGAAAUCAAGUGCUACUUGACAUCAAACUUGCACUAGACCUCUCAGCAGGAAAGGCUAGGAUGCUACCUCCUCAGGUGAUGAGCUCUUGCAAUUGCUGAAUAUGUAGGAGUGAAAACCCAAGCAUUCAAUUUAUGAAGAAGACUUUCUAAAUGUUUUUUUACAGUGCUUUGUAUCCUUGUUCUUUCCUGUGUGUACUUCAUACUGAUUUUUUUCUGCCUUAGGGCUUCAAGUGGCUUGUUACUCUGUCUAAUAAAACUUGAUGUCUCUAAUAUAGACUUAAA